AUGAAGACUCUGCAGGGAGAUGAACUCUGCUUUCCGCAGCUCCUCAACAAUUCUUGCAGGAAACCCAUGCCGCCUCAGUCUGAUGCCAUGCUUGCUUACACUCUGCUGUCCUUCAUCUCUCUGCUCACUGCAGCUCUCAACCUGCUGAUCAUCAUCUCCAUCUCACACUUCAGGCAGCUCCACAGCCCCACCAACUUCCUCAUCCUCUCCCUGGCUGUGUCAGACUUCCUUGUGGGCCUCCUGCUAAUGCCGGUUGAAAUCCUUCUAACAGAGGCUUGCUGGUUCCUGGGUGACCUGAUGUGUGCUCUGUACUAUAUUUUAGAUUUUAUCAUCACCUCUUCUUCGGUUGGAAACAUAGUGCUCAUAUCAAUUGAUCGUUAUUUGGCUAUAUGCGAUCCUCUACAUUACACCACCAGAGUCACUGUUGACAGAACAAAGAUCUGUGUUUGCCUUUGUUGGAUUUGCUCUGUUCUCUAUAAUAGUCUAAUUUUAAAGGACUUUCUGAGACAACCUGACUCACAGAAUUCCUGCUACGGAGAGUGUGUAGUUGUCCUUAACCACAUCACAGGAGCUGUCGACCUUGUUUUUACCUUUAUUGGCCCCAUUACUGUCAUCAUAGUUCUGUAUAUGCGGGUGUUUGUGGUGGCCGUGUCUCAGGCUCAAGCCAUGCGGUCUCAUAUUGCAGCUGUCACACUUAAAGGUUCAGUGGGUGUUACUGCUAAGAAAUCUGAGAUGAAAGCGGCCAGGACUCUUGGUGUUGUUGUUGUUGUAUUUCUAAUAUGUUUCUGUCCAUAUUACUCCCCAUCCCUUGCUGGUGAAGAUAUUGAGGACAGCAGUUCGUCCUCACCCUUUGUAGUGUGGCUGCUGUAUUUCAACUCCUGUCUGAACCCUGUGAUCUAUGCCUUUUUUUACCCCUGGUUCAGAAAAUCUAUCAAACUCAUUGUUACACUGAAGAUACUGCAGCCUGACUCCUGUGAUACUAAAAUACUAUAG